UGGAGCGUUUGCGCCAACUCGGCUACCGUAGAACCAAUUUAGAGAGGCUAAGCUAAUCAGGAGAGCGAAAUGUUAACAUUUAUGGCCAGUUUUUGCUUUAAACAUUCCUCUUAUUUCAUGUAGAUUUAGGUUAAAGCGGUCAAGCAGUCUUUCUGUCAUUUGGAAGCUAACCAAUGAAGCAGUGAAGAGUUUUGGCAAGCCAGCCAACUUGUUGGUUACUAGUUAGGGUUAGCUAGACGUCGUUAGUCUUUUGCCAGUUUGCUUUGGUUUAACCGUUCACCAAAGCUUCCCGACUGCAGCGUUCAAAGGGCGAUGUUGUCAGUCAGUAUCAGGUCAACUCUCCCCAGAUACAGUAGGUUGUGGCUGCCUGCUCAGGCUUUGGUCAGGAACAUGUCAUCUUCAGAUGGACCCACAUCUCCAUACACGACCCUGGCCAUCAGUCGCCCAGUAGAGUCCCUCACACAUGUCGAACUUCACCGACCUGAGAAGAGAAACGCCAUGAACAAAGCUUUCUGGAGUGAGAUGGUGGACUGUUUUAAUGAGAUUGCAGACGACCAAGACUGCAGGGUGGUGGUCAUGUCAGGAGCAGGAAGGAUGUUCACAGCUGGUCUUGACCUGAUGGACAUGGCCAAUGAUAUCCUCCAGCCGAAAGGCGACGACGUGGCAAGAAUCUCCUGGAACCUCAGAAAAACCAUCACCAAAUAUCAAGAAACGUUCUCCGUCAUAGAGAAGUGUCCAAAGCCUGUUGUGGUGGCUGUUCACGGCGCCUGUAUUGGAGGAGGUGUUGACCUGAUUACGGCUUGUGACAUUCGUCUCUGCACCCAGGAUGCCUGGUUUCAGGUUAAGGAAGUUGAUAUUGGACUUGCAGCAGACGUUGGAACUCUGCAGAGACUUCCUAAAGUCAUAGGCAGUCGAAGUCUGGUGAACGAGUUGGCGCUUACAGCCAGGAAGAUGUUUGCAGAUGAAGCCAAGAGCAGUGGACUCGUCAGCCGCGUGUUUGCAGAUAAAGAGGCGAUGAUGGCUGGAGCCCUUGAGAUGGCGGGACAGAUCGCUUGUCGCAGCCCUGUGGCUGUGCAGGGAACCAAAAAAAACCUGCUCUAUUCCAGAGAUCACAGCGUGGCCGAGGGACUGAACUAUAUGGCCACAUGGAACAUGAGCAUGCUUCAGACAGAAGAUGUGAUGAAAUCAGCUCAGGCUGCCAUGGAGAAGAAGAGUCCCAAAGCAGUGGUUUUCUCCAAACUGUGAGAGCAGCAGCAGGUUCCACCUGUCCGCUGUGGCCUUUGUGUGAGAAGAUGAAUUGUGUAGUUUUCAGUCUUUACUGGGCUGCUAACACCAAAGCUGAAUGUAGACGUGUGUCUCCCAUUGUGAACAGUUUGUGCAAAGUAGCAGGAAGCACAAAUACCAUUUUUACGCACGUCGUAACAAAUGUUUUUUUUGGGGGGGGGGGGACGGGGGGGACGGACCCCACCUAUUUUCUGUUGAUUUUUAUCAUCUUGAAUUUAGCCAUUUGAUUGAAUUUGUUAAUGUUUUGCAAAUCAAAAAUGGAUUUUCACAGCAAACUGUUUCAAUAGUUUAUUGAUUUAAAAAAAACUAAAGUGAAAUAAAUUAAAUUAAAACACUAAGAUAAUGUGACGAAGAUGACUUAAUGUCACUGUCGAGUCUGCUGGGCACGAAGCUUCUGUAACGUUUUCUGUGGAGAGAAAAAUUCAUCGUCAGCACAAAUGUUAACAGGACUGAAUUUUUCGGUAUAAAAUUAAAUAUUACCUUGUGGAA